UUAGGCACAACACCGGAAACAGACAAGUAAACGGAAGUGAACAAGGCUAAGAACAACUUCCACGUUAGCGGUUUUAUUUAGACGUUUUAACAUCCUGGAACUCAAAAUCAGAUUAAUUGAACUGCACAUCAUCACCCCGUAUAGUGUUUAGUUCGCGUUUGAGACAGGACUUAUUUGAUAGCUAACUAGCUAACAAUGGCUAACUGUAUGAUUUUUCAAACUCAAAUAGCCUCCAUCAUGGAGGUGCUAGCGAAUGCAGCCGUGGCAGAGAUCUGUAAACUCGUAGACGACGACUAUGCAGUGUUUCGUUUGGAAAUAACUCAAAGCCAGAAAGAAAACAGGGCAUUGCGGAGGAAACUACUGGAAUCGAAGGUGGCACGGGAGCGCGCAGAAAGGACAACGCGAGAGCGCGUCCUCGCCAGUCGUCCCAGUAGUGUCAAGAUUGUCGAACGAUACAGAGGAAUGGCAAGAGGUGAAGGACAUCUCACUGGAGGCCACAGGAGCUUUGUGAAGCCAGUGGGACACAAUACUUGGAGAGAUGACCAACCAAUAACUGUUGAUGAGGGGAGUGGAACCUCAACCCAGCAAGUUAUCGUGAUAGAGUCUGCAGAUGCAGAGGCUGAAGAUCCUGGUGUCAAGCUAGAGGGGUCUGAAGGAGAGGAGGACCCAUGGCACAGCAGAGACAUCCAAACUGGAACGGCUGAAUCGCCCCAUGUAAACAGAAAAGACCCAACCGCCCCAGCACAGCCAAGGACCCGAGGCAGCAUCACGGAGGAGGAGGAGGGUCUGGAGGUGCUGCUGGUGAAGGAGGAGGGGUGUGAGGAGGGUCUGGGGAACCCUGAGGGGACCAUGGUCAUGAAGGACAACCUGACUACACCUCCUGAACCCACAGAGGAACCAACUAAGAAGCACAGGACCAAACACACUGAGCCAGGAGACAUGGAGGAUGGGAAGAUUGAUCUGCUGGUAGUCAAAGAGGAGAGAAUAGAAGACAUAUCCGAGAGCACUGACCUGCUGAGUGGACUAAAGAUGGGGGAGCAAGGUGGUUGGCUAGAGGCUAACAGAGGAGUCUGGGUGUCCAUCUUGGAUUCCAAGACCGGUGUAGCCAAUAGCCCAGGGGAUGAUAUCACUGAGCAGGCCAGGACCAGAAGCAACAUAGUGGAGGUCAGCGGAUGGGACAGCGUCCUCAAUUCUGGGCUGGGGAACAACACUGUUAACCACAACCAGAAACAGACAGUGGAACACAAAACAACAGCUGAACUUAGUCUCCAUGACAACAGACUGGCUGAGACCAGGGCGAAACGUAGAUUAGGUCUGCGAGGGCGGGGAGGUGUCUGUAUUCAGCUGGAGAGAACAGACACAGAGUUGGUUAGCGAUGCUCCCUCCUGCUCCUAUAGUUGUGAUUCAGAGAGACUGAUGGUGACUCAGGUUAACCCCCUAACAGGUGCUGCCUUCAACCUGCCUUCUAUAGGAUCUAUCAACUGGAACAUGGACCCUGAGACAACACAGACACUCCCUGGCCUUCGUCCUCCUCACACUUUCCUAAUGUUAAACCAGACCUCAGACAAUGCCAGUGCCUCAACACUAAAUGGCUACGCAAGCCCAUUGACAAAUGAAAGUGGUAGUAAUGCUAUCAGCAGAUCCAGUGGCAAAGAGAAGCGCUUCCUGUGUUCGUUCUGUGGGAAAGCCUUCAGUUUCCCAAAACAGGUGGAGAUCCACCAGAGGAUGCACACGGGGGAGAAACCAUUCAGCUGCCAUCUGUGCCGGGCUAGUUUCUCCCACUCGUCUAGCCUGAAAAGGCACCAGAUGGUCCACACAGGGGUGAAACCCUUCAGCUGUACCCAGUGUAACAUGCGCUUCGCCCAAGCUGGUGACCUGAAGAGGCACCAGAGGGUCCACACAGGGGAGAAACCCUUCAGCUGCCCCCAGUGUGAGAAGAGGUUCACCCGUCAGAACCAGCUGAAGAUGCACCUGAAGGUCCACACAGGAGAAAGGCCAUUUUCCAAUACGCACUGCAGGAAGAGGUUCUCAGAGAGGAGCUACCUCAGGAUACACCAGCAGAAAAACCAUUCCACUCUAUAACAUUGAAAAUAACCAUUCCGCUGGAUAGUUUCUGAUGUGUUGAUCAAACCUUGCAAUAAAGACAGCAGAAAAGACCCACAGAUGCAGAUUUCGGUGUUGAAUAUUCUUUGGGAGAAUAUUUCAUCCAGACAUUGUGUGAUAUAUAUGCCUAAAAAGCCUGCAUAGUGUUUUUAUUGUGUAGGCUAUGUGAUUUUCACAAAUACCUAUUUCAUUACUUCCAUUCAACUAACCCCCAUACACUUUUAAUGAGAAAGUGAAUUGUUUUAGUUGUUAGUGGGUUUUCAUGUGGUCUAUUUAAAACUGGUUUGUGUUUAAUAAACACUGAC